AUGUCGAAGAAGGCUACCAAUUGGAAGUUAUGGGGAAAGAUGAUGCUGGGAGGAGCGGCCAUCUGCGUCGGCGGACCGGCCUUCACCAUCUGGGUGACCCCGACCGAGGAGGAGCUCUUCAAGCGAUACAACCCCGAACUGCAGAAGAGGAGUCUGGAGAACCGUGAGAAGACGCAGGCCGAGUUUGACCAUUUCGUCACCAAGUUGAAGGAGUACUCCAAGUCGGACAAGCCGAUCUGGACGGUUCGAGACGAGGAUAUCGAGAGGCAACGGAUAGCGCAGCUUGCGGCGAAGAAGCAAAGGGACAACGACAUCAAGGCGCAGCAGGAGGCCAUGAGGAAAGAGUCGGGGCUGUAG